GGCUCUUGUGAAUACAUACACAUCUUGAUAUACAUGGUAUCUCAUGUGGGGCGGGGUUGGAAUGCCCAGUCGAUGCAAUGUACCCAAUGUACGGAUCUAUGCAUGUAUGUAUGUAUCUAUGUAUGUGUUUAUGUACGUAUGUGCAUGCACAUCUGUGAUGGAUGGACGGAUGGAUGCCGGAGCAAGAGCCAGCCAGAAGAGAGCAGCUUAAUUAGCUAGGUCUAUCGACGGGGGCGAUGAUGCCUCUUUGUGUGAAGAUGGACAUGAGUCGACUAAGCUUCUCUUCCGCGGCUCUCGUCAGUACAAAUGCCUCCUCACUCUCCAUGCCACCUGACGUGACACAGACACAGACACAGACACAGACACGUAUAUGAAUAAUGAGACACACGUCUACCCAUGUGUUGUGCACUGAAUGUCCGUGAGAGAGGUGACUGACCUUGCAGCGCCCAGUCAGAGAUGCGUUGGGUCUGAGGGUCGACACGAAUCAUGUCCCAGUAUGCCUGGGCGGGCCUCUCACAGGGGGCGUCGGGCCUGUCGUCGUCUCGGCCGGCCAGAAUGGCACGUACUGCACCAAGUGACGCCUGUCUGCUGCACAUUGCUGGCGGCGCGGCGCCCUGAUCACUCGAAAAGAAAGGCCUGCACGACACGAUAGAUAUGAACACGAUCGAUGGACGCACAGAUUGACGCAUCCGAUGGCCGGACGGCGCCGGCCGACCUGUGUUCUCUCUUCCACAGAUGGCUGACGACCGACUGCAGCAAAUCCGUAGGAUGGAAGUACAUUCACUGACUACACUGGUGGAUCGUCUAUUCACCUGCCUGUCUGUAUGUGCGUCCGCUCGUUCCAUCCGUACGUACCUUUGUUGGGCAGUAGAAGUCCCAUCCGUGCCGGAAGAGCAGAAGCGUCAUGACCUACAAGAAGGUGGGCACCCCACCACGAAUGCGGUGCCUGCACUGCACAAGAAGCCCCGCUUCUGCACCGCUGGCACUGACCUGUUCCUCGCCGAAGAAGAUGUCCGGCAGGGGGACGUAGGGCACCUCACGCAACACGUCCGAACGACCGAACCAAAACCCUUCACAACACCAACACCACAGAGAGAGAGAGAGAGAGAAUAGAGAGAGAGAGACCUCACAGCAUUACCUCGCGGCAUUUCCCGUGUGGUGGCUGACCUGCUGCCCAGAAGAGCGAGGGGCAAGGGGAAGGCAGAUGUGAAGUCAGCAUCCGACUGCAAUGCGCAUCAACAUGCCUCACGCAUGGCAAGGGAGCUGUCUCUCUGCAUCAGACAGGCAUCCCACCCACCCACCCACCCUUUGGUGCGGAGCAGGCCGUUCUCAUCAAAGUGCGAGGCGCACAGCAGCACGGGACGAGUCUCAUCACUGACAUAAUCCCAGCCGACCCCAUGUGGAUAGGCGGGCGGGUAACUCGUCAAGAUUGGCUUGGACGAGGGACACCGGCCAAGGUCCUACACACCAUACACACAGAUCAUCCAACUAACACCCACUCAAUGAAUGAAUGCAUCUCAUCUAGCCCAGUCACUUAACCCGCCUGUGUCGUUAGUUAUUGAUUGAUUCACUGACCCACCUCACCUCCAGCAGGAGGGUGUCCCAUUUUGGACGAAACCUGAGGGAGUGAGAACCAGGACAGACCCCCACACAGUGUCUGUAUGCAGACAGACGUCCUGGCGUCGUGGCUGCCUGUCUUCCUUCCUACGUGCGUACCUCAUGUGGCUGUCUAUCGCCAGAAGGUACGGCUCGCCCUCCCACAGGAGCUGCGCCAAGUGUCGCGCCCAUGCCGGACCCCUCGCAGCCCCCUUGUCCAGCACCAGCACCUUCAGAUACCCGCACUCAAAGCGGAAAAGGGGAUGAGGUGCACGAGCACGUGGGCGGCAGGCUGCAGGCCCAUGCUGAGGGUCAUCUUGCACUGUCGAUGACCCACCAGAAGCUCUGUCGUCCUGACGUCCUGGCCCAGCCGUGCGGUGGCUUGGCCUAUGAGAUCCUAGCCACUUGGCCCUGAGUGCAGGAUUGAAGGUAAAGGAUGUGAUAAGAUCGUCAGCCGCAGUCUUGUCUUUGUUUCGCAAGUCGCCUGCACGCGGACGAAGGGAGGGAGAGGCGGCAUGAUAUGAUACGAGUGAGUGCACCUUGCCAGACGCAUCCAAAGGAGAUCUCGCGCGGGGCAUCUGCUUGGUGGAUGGCAGACUGAAAGAAACGCCACACACAUACACAUCACACAACCAACGAGAGGGAGCAUCUGUGAGAGGAGGCAGGAUCUUCCCACACGAUUCAUGCACACCUGUAUUGUCAAGGGAAGCUCGUCGUCGCGGUAAGACGGGAUGAGUACGAGGAUCUUGCGCAUCGCGCUCG